AUGCACACCUGCACGAUGAUGUCACAAAUGUUGGGUUUAGCUGUUGGACUUCUCUUUUUCCAGAGAAAGGUAUUCAGUUGCAAUGGAAAUUGCUCCUGCAACAACUCCAUGGUGUAUUGUACAAAUGUAACCUUGGCGACAGUUCCAUCGAAUCCUUUGUCAGAUGUCAAUGAUGAGCAGCCUGAAACUGAUAAUGUAUUGACAAGUAAAAACGUUUCUUCUCCAAAAAUUAGUAUUGCUUCGUCGUCAUCUCCAUCUCUCUUCGAGGAAAGCAUUAUUCUACAAAGUUUCAUCUUCAUUCUCAGUAUCUCAGCUGUCCUGGUUAACACUUUAACUAUGACCGUGAUUUUUUCUAAAUACCAGCUUAGGUCUCUCAGUACUAUGUACUUAGCUGGACAUGUCGCAGUCUGUGAUCUCUUGAUUGCACUUUAUUUAUUGGUUGCUGUUAUUCAUACUGCCGUCCUCUCCAUUGUAGUUGAGGAAACAGAGCAAUACUAUGAUAUUUGGUGGAGAUUUAUCUGCCCGCUGAUAAUUUCAAUUCGUUCCAUCGGGCAACUCGUGGAGCCAGUUGUUUUGUUCUUCUUGACGUUAGAUCGCUACAGACGCAUAGUAAACCUUUCAAAGCCUCCUCUGCGCCACAGAUCUUUCUCCAUAGCAACUAAAUUGCUAUGGUUUUCUGCAGUUGUUGUUGUUUUUGCAAGUUUAUCCACGCUGAUUGGAAAACAAAGCUUCUCUGGAGCUUUAUGCUCACGAGUCGACACAUCGGGGAAAUCUAUUGACUCUUACGUAGAGAGAGCACUAAUUGCAAGUAGCUCUAUAUUGUUCAUUACGUGCUGUGGCAUGUACCUGCGGAUAUACAGAGUGGUAAAAAACCAGAAUCAGCGGAUGAGAACACAAGCUUAUUUACGAGUGUCUAAAGUAAUAUUUGUCCUCAUGUUGAGCACUCUUGUGUUAUGGUUCGUUCCCGCCAUGGUAGUGGCUUCAAUCGGACGUCAGGACUCCAUGAGAGAAACUAGACAGCUGAUAAUCUUGUCUUCAUUCACAAUAAACUCGCUGGUUAAUCCUUUGAUUUAUGUGUUUAGAGAAAAGAAAUUCCAACGAGUUGCCUUCUCCUGGUUAAAUCGCACAUCUUCAAAAAGAAGAGGAAUACUUGGCGUCAAUAAGGUAACCUCCUUAAGAAAUGCUGCUGUGAUAAAUGAAGAUGAUGUAACAAACUUUGGAAAUAGCAAAAUGACAGAGCAAGUUUUCACCACUUCACUCUAA